CGGGGCCGCCAUGGAGGGGGAGUCCUCCCGCAUCCCCGUCUACAGCGGGCUUCACCGCGCCGGGCCGCCCGCAGAAAUGCAAAUGGCUUUUCCUUCAAAGAAACAGUGCGUCAGCAAAACAGCAGAUCUAGAGUUCAACAAAGAUCCCAAUUUUAACUUUAGCUCAAACAUUCCUGCAGAUGGUGUCUUCAAAGCUACAAACCAAGGGUUGCCUAAAUCUGCCAAGAAAGUGGAACCGCUUUCAAAGAAGACAGCUACAAGAGGACCUCUCAACAGAUACAAACUAGAAUCAGAGCUGAAGACCAAGAAUCAGCUGUUAGAAACAGCCAAACAACAGCUAUAUUCCAGACUAACAGGAGCACAGGGCAUUAUAAAGGAGUUAAAGGAGGAGAAUGAAAGCCUGGUACAAGAAGUUGAGAAGCUCAAGAAAUUUCAGGAGACUUGCAUGGUGAUUUUAGAAAGCAGAAGCAUUGAUCCUGUUACAGGCAGCAACAUUUUGGAGGAGGAAGAAAAGACACAAGAAUGCCAGAAGCAGACAAUGCUGUUAACUGGGAAGCUCAUAGAAGAAUUGAGGCUAUUUAACCAAACAGCUGCAAAAGAAAAGGAGGUGCUUCAGACAGCAAUGGCUAAGUGGAAAUCAGCGGAAGAAGAGAGACACCGGUCCCUGGAGAAGCAUUCCUCCUUUCAAGCAGAAAUUAAGGAAUGUUCAGCAACGCUCGAUGAGUUGGAGCUGCUCCUGGCUAUGUGAGGCACAAGGAUGGACUGUACUGU